UUAAAUAAAAAAAUCCUAAAAUUUAGAUCUAUCAUUAAUUAUGAUUUUGCAAGUUUAUCCAAAAUUACCUUUACACUAUCAAAUUUAGCACCAAUUGUGGUUGCAUCACAACUAAAAAAUGCCACUCCUAUUUGCUUGUCAGCUUUCAAAAAUGAAAGUCGUAAGAUUUUGCAAUUCAUUACAAAAUCAAAAGCUUCCUCAAGCACUAUCGUAACUCCGUUUCCAAGAUUGACCUUUCCUCCUUGAUUGUGAACAGAGACUUCUUCGGAUCCACCAUCAUAUUCUGCUUUCCCCUUGUACAUUUCACAUCGUCGAUACUUGUGGUGUUCAUCAGAUUUAAACCCAAACAACUUGUUUCCAUCAGUGUCUACGAUUCGAUCUCUUGUCCACAGCUCAGUUGAACUCAAGUAGAUAUCACUAUUGGCAAUGACGGUCUUCCCAGGAUUAAGUUUACUCUCAAAACGACAGGUGUCCUCCUUCGUUGCAGCAUGGAAACGAUUCUCUUCUGGUAAGAAUGUCCAAUACACGCCACAUCCCUCCAUGCACUCUGCAUCAGCCAAUGGAUCAAGAUGGACUGCACUGGUGGGAUCCUUUUCAAUUUUGUCAAACCAAGAUUCAUCUUUUAGCCUGUAUAUCUGGUUCAUGACGCAGCCUUCUUCUGAGUUGAUUUGCAAGGCAUAAAUCCUUUGCCUAUAAACCUGAUCAGUUUCAUGGAGUCCUUGCCUGGCAACUAGGACGUAGGCACCAAAUUUUGGAGCAUCUACAGCAAAGAAUCUAGAAAAGACUGGAUCAUGCGUUGGAUCACCAUCUCUUUCUUUCUCGGUAAUAUACUGAUAAUUGUUGUCGAAUUUGCCUAGUAACCACUUGUAAACCAGCUCUAUUUGCUUCUCCAAGUCAGCCAUAUUAGAUGCUGCAUGCAUGCAUGCAGCAUUAGCCAGCCACUCCCUUCAUGUCAAAAGACCACGCCUACUCCUUGCAAUGAGAUCGAGAUGAGAGUUCUUACUUGGAAUGUGAAUGGUUUGAAGGCAGUAGUUAAGAACCGUCAGACUAACCUCAAGGAUUUCCUGGACUCACUCUCAGCCGACAUUAUCUGUCUGCAAGAAGUUAAAACAACAAAAGAUCAAAUAGAAGAGAAUAUUGCAAUUGCAGAAGGUUAUACAUCAUAUUUCUCGUUUUGCAAGACUCGCCAAGGAUAUUCAGGUGUGGCCACAUUUUGCCGUACCACUGUCACGCCCGUAGCAGUAGAAGAAGGUAUCACAGGCAGCUGUCAUGUCGGCUUAAAGGACUCUAUAGGUUUUCCUGUCCUUGAUCUGAACGAUGAAGAGACUGAACAACUUAAUAAUGAAGGGCGUGGUCUAUUGACUGAGCAUCUUCAGGAGAAUGGGCGUGGUCUUGUCAUCAUUAAUGUAUAUUGUCCACGUGUUGAUCCAGACAAUCCGGAUAGGUUACCGUAUAAAAUUCAUUUUUUGAGUGUACUACACGAGAGAACCAAGAGACUACAAGCAGGUGGAAAAGAUGUUCUUAUUUGUGGAGAUUUUAAUUGUGUCCUUGACAUCAUUGACUCAGCUGCAAUGGAAGACAUGCCAACUUUUACUAAAGAACCAAAAACCAAAGAACUAUUAUUAUCAUUUAUAUCAAAAACUCCUCCCAUUACCAACGAGGUCUUGUUGGAUACGUAUCGAUACUUACACCCAACGGAAAGAGGCUCGUACACCUGCUGGUGCACGGCUACUGGAUCAAGACAGCUGAACUAUGGACAGAGAAUCGAUUACAUACUAGCUUCAAGAGGACUAGCUGAGAGUGUGGUCAGCAGUAAUGUAUUGCAGGAUGAGAUGGGUUCAGAUCAUUGUCCUGUUGUGACUCAGUUUUCAAUAUCUCUUAUGCCCUCGCCGACCUUAUCACAUCUUUGCUCAUCUUUUUAUUCAAAGUUUGCAGGAAAGCAAAGCAAGCUCUCUAGCUUCUUUAGUGUCAGCCCGAUAAAGAGAUCGAAUUCAGGGCCAGUUAAAGAAAGCAGUUCUAAGAAACUUUGCACGUUGAAAGAGAAAGAAGCAGCACCUGUUUCGCUAUCAAGGUCACGUGAUGUUAAAACACUUUCCAGUGGCAGUAAACUUUCAACUGAUUGGCAGAAAGUCUUUAAGGCUCCACCAAAAGCACCACUAUGUAGUGGACACAAGGAACCAGCUGUACUAAGAGUGGUAAAGAAACCAGGACCAAAUCACAACAGAAAGUUUUACGUUUGCGGGCGGCCCGAUGGCUCCAAACAUGAUCCUAAUGCUAGCUGUAAUUUCUUUAAAUGGUGCAAAUAAUUUAUUAUAUCUAUUUUUAAAUUUAACGUUCAUGUAUUUAUACAACUUUAUACAUGAUGUGAACAAAGUACAUUAACUUUA